AUGUCAUUAAGAGUAACAAUACUUGCAGUUGGUAAAACUGGCCUUGGUAAAAGCUAUACUGCUACACUAUUUGGAUGUGAUGCGAAAGUUGCUCACGAUAUAAAUUCAAGGACGAAGAAUGUGACGAUCCACCAAUGCGGGGAAUACGAAUAUAUUGAUACACCUGGGUUCGAUGAUGAAACAUUCAUCAACAUCAUAGCCACGAUGCAAAAGAAAAACGUUAAUAAGUUGCAUACGUUGUUCUGGUUCGUGGGUGAAUCUUAUAAAACAACUGAUACUCUUCAGAACCAAGCCAAAUUUAUUGAAGCACUUGCGAAGGACAAUACAAAUAAUGUUUGGGAGAAUGUAAUAGUCAUCUAUAAGGGGACUUAUAACACGUUUAAUAAGGAUGUUAUUCAAGGUGCUAUUGAGGAAGACAAGAAGAACUCUGUUCCAAUCUUGCCAGUAUUUUUAUAUGACGAAUUCCCACUUAAUAGUCCCAUUCGCAAACAAAGCGAUGAAGAAUUGCGUGAACUUGGAAUCUACAAGGAGGAGGAACUACGGAAUAUGUACAAGAAAAUCAUAAAAGAAAAGCGUCACAAAGACCAUCCGAUUCGAAUUGUCUUUAAUGAUGAAAUAUGUACCAAAUGUGGACUAAGAACCGAUCGAAGAUUUGCGGGGAAAUUUCCGUGCCAUACCAAGGAAACAAUCAUACGUGAUGCGGAACCAAGAUACACAGAACACUAUCAUAACGGCGUUCUCGAAACCGAAUAUGACAAAGAAUGGGAAAUUUUAUGGGAAAUUCCAAAAAUAAAUUUAGUUGACGGACUUGGGGAAACACCGUUGGCUGCUCCAAGUAUGCAGAACACAACUUUAUUAAAUCCAAUGGAAAUAUGUUACCUUAUAGAACUUAUGAUGAAUUAUAAAACUUUUUGA